GAGAGGAGGAGGGGGGCGGUCUGGCUGCUUGAAGAUUUUUUUUUCGUUGUUGUUGUUUCGACACCAAACUUUUUGGGCGACAUGGACGCGCACCGCGGCGCGCCUCCGGCCGGGCAGCAGGUCGUGCACGUCCGCGGGGACUCGCAGACGGAGCUGGAGGCCCUGUUCAGCGCCGUGAUGAACCCCAGCAAGGCCGUCAGACAGCCCUCCUCUGUGCCCAUGAGGAUGAGGAAGCUGCCCGACUCCUUCUUCAGGCAGCCGGAUCCCCGAGGACACUCCAGACAAGCCAGUUCGGAUGGAGGCGUGUGCGGCUCCCUCACUCCUCAUCACGUCCGCGCCCAUUCCUCCCCUGCCUCCCUCCCAGUCAACUCACUCUCCACUCAAGCAGCAGAUGUAGCAACGACGCCCAUCAUACCCGACGACGUGCCACUCCCCCACGGUUGGGAAAUGGCCAAAACGCCUACUGGCCAACGUUACUUCCUCAAUCACCGGGAUAAGACAACCACUUGGCACGACCCCCGUCUUUCGCAGCUUCAGUCAGCUGCAGCUCAGCAUCCCAUCUCCGGCACUCCAGUCCAUGCCCACUCCCUCAGCAACCCAGCUCCCACUACGCAACCACAAAACAUCAAUCCAGAAACAGGUCCACUGCCUGAAGGCUGGGAGCAGGCUGUGACUGCAGAUGGAGAGGUGUACUACAUCGAUCACAUAAAUAAGACUACCACAUGGGUCGACCCGCGUCUAGCCCAGAAGAUGAACCCUGGCAUCCUUGGUUUGGCAAUGCAGCAAAGGCAGGAAAAAGAAAGGCUCAGAUGCAAACAAGGCUUGCCUCCGCAAAUCGGAUCACAGGAGGCAGGAGGACGGAGUCAGAUGCCCGGUGGGAUGGACCACGACAGGAGCGCACAGACACUCGUCCCUCCUCUUGAUGUGAGGAUCAGAGCACCGAACCACGAACCUACUCUUAAUGGCGCUCAUUCUCGCAAUGAGAGCACCGACAGCGGUCUGAGCGUCAGCAGCCUUCCCCGUACGUCGGACCACAUGCUGAGCUCUGUGGAUCACAUGGACACAGGCGAACCUGUUGAACCCCCCUCGAUGACCCUGCAGGAGUCGAUGCCUGUGCUCCCGAUGUCCGAGGGCGAGGAGCUAAUGCCCUGCAUCCCCGAGGGUCUGAGUUCAGACCUCCUGAUGGACAUGGAGACGGUUCUGUCUGGGUCGCACAUGGACAGAGACAGCCUGCUCACCUGGCUAUAGACACACCCAGCCGCUGGUCAAAUACGGUUUUGACGUCAGAUUUUCAUAACAUGACUGAGAAUUCUGGAGGAUUUUUGCCUUCAAAAAGUGGUACAGAACAACAUUACUGAGAGAAUAUGCUACUGUUGUGUGAUGGAUCCCUAACACUACUCACAGCCUGAAGAAUGACUCUCACAGAAGGUGGUAAGCUGCUUGUAUUUUCCUCUUUUUUUUUUCUUUUUUUUUUUUUUUGGGCCUGGUUUUAGAGAUGCAUGACGGAGCAUCCAUGUUUUUGUAACACUCCUUUCUUUUUGGUGUUGUGUGUGCCCCCAUGUUGCUAGUUAAGUGCAUCAGAGCUAAUUGUAGAACCCACUGGGGGUUGGUUUGCAGCAAACCUUUAAAAUCAGAGUCAAGAAAAGUCCAAUCGUAAUAGUUCUGUAAACACAAAAAUAACAAACAUAGCACAGAACAUGAAGAAAAAGAUCUCAUCCACAUUCUCUCUGGUUACACACACGCCCUGUGGAAUAAAAGAGCAGCCAGGAACUUAGAAUUUUAAUGCACAUGAUGUGAAAAAAAUAUGAAUCAAAGAUUUUUAUCUGGAUUAACCCCACACCGGUUACAUACCACCAAAUACCCCUGCUCCAGACUGUCUCGCUAUGCUGCACAGAAACUUGAGGGGGGAGAAGACGCACCCUUGUGGUGAGCUAGAGGAGAAAUAAACACUAAAAGCAGUCCCAUUUAUCUCCUAAACUUUAGUAACAGUUAAAAUAUUCACAAGCCAGAAUCACUUCUUCUGCAGACCUCAUUCCUAACUAAUCAAAUCCUGCUUUCACAUUUAGAAAAACAAAGGGUACAGAACAGUGCCACUAUGUAGAGGAGUCUUAACUGUGGCCACUGAAGCUACAAUACAGUCUGUUUUCAGGAUCACUCUUUACACAAAGGAGCAUUGCAACAUACCGAAGAUGUCUUCAAUAAGCAGACACAUGAUCGGUGUAAUGCGGUGCAAUCCAACACAGUGAGAUUUUCCCCGAGGAAACUGCAAUCUUCUUCUGGUCUUUUAAGGAAAGUAGUUUAGAAAAGCAUUUUUUUUUUAACAUUAGGUCACCUCUGCAGGAAACACUGCAACAUCCUCGCUGUAAAAUCAAUAAUUUGAAGUUACUAAUAUCUUGGUUUUGUUUAUACUGUGUCUUGUACUGCAUUGCAUUUUAUUCCAUUGGUUUUUUUGUCCACAGCAGCAUUGAAUAUAAACUUCACAAAGGUAGUAUUUAUUGAAGGUUUGUUAUAUCGGAUUGCUUCGUGUUGAAUAGUUGUAAUGUUAUUAUGUUCCACUCCUUGUUUCAGAUAAAUGCCAUUCACUUAGCUCCCAGUAGGGCCUGAGGGUAUAUGUCCCUCGUCCUGUGGCAUAAAUGAAAACUAUUGAAUGAAUCAACCAGCACCCCUUUAAAUUUGAGAUUUUUUUUUUAUUAUUAUUAUUAACUUUUUCUCUGUUUUCCCACUAUUGGCUUGGUACAUUCCUAAUAAUUUCCUUUUUUUUUUCAACAUCUUCGUCUGUUCAUCCAGUGGCGUCAUAGUUUUUCCCACAGAAAGAUGUGCAAGCAGUGGCCAACUCAGCCAAGUUUUAGCUCCUUAACAGCAAAUCAUGUGCACUUCUUACAUCUGCUGACCAGUUUUAAAUGCAUGCAAUGAGUCUAGAUUAUUAGAUACACUUUUCUCCCCAUUUCAGGCGUCUAUUGUUUCCCAUUCAUCUCUGAAAUCAGCUCGUGGUGUCUUGAGACUCGCUGCAUCAGAUAUGUUUUAAUCUUGCAUUGUUGUGACGUGCUAAUGCAACACUGCAUCACCACCAGUGUUGGCGUCGCUGCUCGAAAAAAGUAAUGCAUUACUUUACUUAUUUACUCUCUGUAGGAAGUCAUUUGUUACACUACUCGUUACAUUACUUUUGCGUUUCUCUGCAACAUCGCUGAGAUGCACUGUCACUUAAUUGCAAGUUAACAAAAUAAUGUGAAACCUUGCAUAUGACCACAUAUCGGCACAAAUCUUCAUCCUGAUAAGGAGGACAUGCACAUGUUCUGUCUCCUGUGCUCUUUAGCAAAGUAUUUCCACAGUGCCUGGAAUACAGAAAGGGGGACUUGAGCACAUCACUUCAUCCUCAGCCUGUUAUUGUGCAAAGAAACAAAUGUUAGUUAAAGCCAAAAUGGAUAAAAACAGCAGGCAAACGGGUAUAUUCAACCUAAACUGAGUGUACCAUCGUAAUUGGACAAUUGAUUGAAAAGGUAUUUCACAUCUAUGGGGCGAUGAAUCUAAAGGUGAGAGUUGCCGUAGUCGGAAACAGGACAGGAAAUGGGGGCAGGAAAAUAGAUCUGUCUUGAAGUUACAGAGAUACAAGUACAAAAAAUACAGCACGACAAAUCAAUUAAUUUGUUUGUAUCAGAGGGGGAACGUCCCUCUUAGAAUUAAGCAGAGUGCCCCUCCUUUAUUUUUUGUUUCGUUUUUGUACUCUGAAAAUUUGCUGCAGCGGCUUUUUGCUAGAAGAUGCACAGAGAACAGUAUUUUUGCCAGAUGUUAUUAAGGUGGCGCUGCCAGUCGUCUAUGCUGCCUCAAAUAAAAGUAGCAGCUGUUUAUUUAGCUGUAAUGUGAUUCCUGAAUUUAGGAGCAGGCUCAUGUAAUGUGACGACAGUUACGCGUUACUCUGACGCUGAUCUCUACACGAUGACACUUGUAACACUAAAAACCCGACUUGAUGUUUACUGUAUGAAAUAGUUUCUAACUUUGAGAACAAAGCGAGGUACAAACAGAAUCCAUCAAAAUGAACUGAGGUGAUGUCUGAGGCUGUUUGUCAUGUGACUAAUAAGGCAAACUAAACACAGUGUAUACAAAGAUUAACAUCAUCCUUUUAACAAAAACAGUAGAGAUAAUCGCUACUCUUAAUUGAGCCAAAAAGUGCAAUAGAAAUAUAAAUAACCAUAAAUACAGCGCAGCAUUACAAUCAUCUUUUCAUAAUAUCAUGUUGAAGGCUUUCCUUUAGUCUGGUGGAUAAAAAUGUUAAAUGUCCAUUUUUCAGUAGAAGGCAACAAAUGUAUUAUUUAACUUCAUUCAAAGCACUGUUCACUCAAAUAACCCUGACAAAGUCCAUCUAUAAUUCUUUACUGUAGAUCGACUAAAUCAGUCUAUGAUGAUGAACAACAGAAGGAAAUUCCAACAUCCUAUGAUUAGAAUUUUUUUUUUAUAGUGUGGACAUGUAUGCAUUAGUCGUUUGGAACAGUCAAAAAAAAACACCCGAUUUUUAAUAACUUCCUUAAAAACUAUAGGGGUUAGUGCUAAUAAGAGGUCAGAUUGCUGCCACUCUGUUAAAUUAUAAUUCCAUCAGUCCAUGGCUCAAGUUAUGUAAGUGGGAAAGAGAAAAAUAUAGUGCUUUAUAAAUGGACUUGAGGCCUGUUAGGGGAGGUACAACAUAAGUAAAGACCCCGUCGUGACUCCUCAGAAAAGCAACAUACUAACUGUGGAUGCUGUGUUCUUGGUAUAUUUUAUUCUAACUGCAAAUGCUAUCUGGUGCUGCAAUGCAGGAGGCAAACGUCACUAUGGGGAGCUCUCUAACUCUCCCUGUCUAGUUAAACUAUAUAAUGAGUGUAUAAUCUGUUUUUAUCCGCUGGGUUGUUUCUGCAGUGUGUUUAUAUUUUAUCUGAAUUUGAAGCUGUUAAUUACAGGUGAAAGCAUUUUGUUCUAACCAGCUUCCUUGUUUUAUAUAUUUAUAUAUAUAUAUAUAAAUAUAUACAGUAUAUAGAGGUAAAAACUCCAUUCACAACACCCCCUAAUAAGAAGCCAAGUCACCUUUUUUGUAAUCUUUCCCAAAUUAAAAGUACCAAACAACUUACAGAGCGACCUACCACUCAUACACAUAAUGCAACACACUCCCUAGCCUAUUAUUUAUCUUAGCAUGCAUGACACUUGCUAUGUAUGUUCCAUAUAAAUGACGUUUAUUAUCCUAUUUACAGAAGGUUUGGAGGCAAUCAGACUUAUUUUGUACCUUUUUAUGCAUGUGAUUUAUAUCAAUUUUCAUUGUAAUCAUUUUAAAGCAGUUUCUGUUUAAUAAACUUUCAAAUACGUCUCAA